AUGGAUUAUGUAAAGAAGGGAGCAUGGUCUCCUGAAGAAGACCAAAAAUUGAUUGAUUAUAUCAUGCAAUAUCGUAUUUGGAAUUGGUCUCACAUGCCCAAAUUUGCAGGGCUAUCAAGAACCGGAAAGAGUUGUAGACUCCGAUGGAUCAACUACUUGAGGCCUGAUCUAAAGAAAGGACCUUUUAGCAUCGAGGAGGUGGAAAUUGUGAUCAGAAUGUAUCAAUCGCUUGGAAAUAGGUGGUCAGCUAUAGCUAAAGAAUUGCCUGGAAGAACAGAUAACGAAAUCAAGAAUUUCUACCACACACAUUUAAAGAAGCACCUUGGGACAAAAGUUGAAGUGAAACCUAAAUCAAGGUCCAAAAAGGUGAAUAAAGCUAAACAAAUAGAGAUGAGUACUCAAAAGAAACCUUUGAUAACUACUUGUCCAAAUAUUGAAGGUCCUAAUGAUCCAACACUUGAUUUCACCAACUCCUCCUCCUCCUCCAGCUACAUCACAUUUGAUGAAAAUUACGAAAUCAUGGGAUUCUUGAAAACAUUGGAUCAAGACAACGAUGUUACUUCAAUUGUCAAUCAAGUUGAUGAUGAAAACAUAGUUAUAUUGGAGAGUAGUACAUGGUCAUCAUCAAGUGUUGAUUUGUACAUGAAAGAUUUCAUGGAUGUGAGUGUUCAUUCAUCUAUUGUGGAUUUCUGGUUGGAGCUUUAUAUGGCAGCAGAUAAUCUGAAGAUCUAA